CGGCGGGGGAGGGGCAGGCUGACAGGACCCUCGGGGCGCCCGGGCGCGGAGCUGGCGCAGGGCGGCGCGGCGCCUCUUUGGCGCGCACGCGCCUGAGCGCGCGCCCGGAGGGGCGGGCCGGGAAUUGCCGCUCGCACGCCCUUGGGCAGCGGCCGGGCGCCCGUUGUCCGUUUUGCUUCCGACGCGCGCAGCCAGUGGAGCUGGUGUAUGUGCGGCAAUAACAUGUCUGCCCCGCUUCCCGCCACCGUGCCCGCCGUCCGGAAAGCCACCGCUGCGGUGAUUUUCCUUCAUGGAUUGGGAGAUACAGGGCAUGGAUGGGCAGAAGCCUUUGCAGGUAUCAGAAGUUCACAUAUCAAAUACAUCUGCCCACAUGCACCAAUUAUGCCUGUAACAUUGAAUAUGAACAUGGCUAUGCCUUCUUGGUUUGAUAUUACUGGGCUUUCAGUAGAUUCACAGGAGGAUGAACCUGGAAUUAAACAGGCAGCAGAAAAUGUAAAAGCUUUGAUAGAGCAAGAGGUGAAGAAUGGCAUUCCUUCUAACAGAAUUGUUUUGGGAGGAUUUUCUCAGGGAGGAGCUUUAUCUUUAUACACUGCUCUCACCACACAGCAGAAACUGGCCGGUGUCACUGCACUCAGUUGCUGGCUUCCACUCCAGGCUUCAUUUCCACAGGGGCCUAUCAGUGGCAUUAAUAGAGAUAUUUCUAUUCUUCAGUGCCAUGGAGAUUGCGAUCUGUUAGUUCCCCUAACGUUUGCUUCUCUUACUGCCGAAAAGCUAAAAACAUUAGUAAAUCCAGCCAAUGUAACCUUCAAAACCUAUGAAGGCAUGAGGCACAGUUCAUGUCAACAGGAAAUGAUGGAUAUCAAGCAGUUCAUUGAUAAACUUCUACCUCCAGUUGAUUGAUGUCACUAAGAGGCCUUCUGUAGAAGUGCACACCAGCAUCAUUGUAGUAGCGUAUAAAUCUUUUCCCGUGCCCAGUCUUGAAACUUCUAAUGUUUUCAGUGUUAAAAUGUUUUGCAAAUACACACCAAUGAUACAGACUACAUGAUACUCUCUCCUUGUGGGAAAGAUGGUCUUCUUUUAAGUUUCUAUACCUGUAUUUGUAUAAUAUGAUUCAGAAUAUACUAAUAUUAAAAUAGGUGAAGCAGCUAAGCUUCUUUUUCCCAAAGUAAUUCAGCAAAAUAAUAAAAUACUGUAACCAGAUUUUUUAUUACGUCAUUUGACAAUUAUUAGUAUGCUUAAUGAAAAUUUGUUUAGGUACAAAUGAGCAGUUAAGAUAUAAAUGACUUAUGCAUGCUGUGACUUAGUCUAUGGACUUAUUCCAAAAUUACUUAGUCACCAUGCACUAUCUGUAUUUUUAUAUAUAUAUAUUCAUUAUACUUAAUGAUUGUAAUACAUAAUGAGAAUGAGGUGUUACUACAUUAUUCCCAAUAAUAGGGAUAAUGCUUCUAAGGUCAAUAAAGAGUAAUUUUCCUGUGUUCAGUUAAUGGCCCUUUUAUUUUGGGGACCAGGCUUUAUUUUCCCUGAUACCAUUUCUAUUUAGUAUUUUUUUUUUUUGUCUCUAGAAAUCUGUUCUUUUUUAUCCUUCAUAACAGACCAAAUAUUGCCUCCUUGCCAUAGACAUCUGCUGCCAAUACAUGCUGUAAUUUGACAUUCUGAAUCACAGGUUUGAUGGUAUUUAAAAUGUAUUUACAUUUGUAUACAGAAACCUUUAAACUUCCUACACUACUUAUUUCUUAAACUGCACCUUAGUCCAAAGUUAGACCUAUAUAGUUAUUAGAAUCUUCAGUCUAGAUAAUGGGAAUAAUUCUGUGGUUGUAUUUUUCUGUAAUUAACUGAAAGAAUAUGUAGGUCAUAUUCUAGUAUGUUCUGGAAUAUUUAAGACAGAUCUUAAAAACUAAUUUCUAAGAUGAUUUGCUCUAAGAUGAUUCUCCUCGAGCGUAGUUUUAGUUUACUUGUUUUGUACAUAUAUUUGAAACCAACUACUGUAGAAAAUGAACAGUCCAUUAGAAAAUUUUGCUUUAUUUUUAUCUGCCAGUGAAAUUUUUUGAAAACUUCACUUU